GCGAAGAUGGUGAAAAGGCCGGAUUCGCUGCGGGGGUGGCGUUGGACGCGUUCGAUCGACCGAAGGGGUACCCGGAAAUUCAAUGCCAGAGACGUGAGCCGGCGUCAGGUGCGGCGGCGAACGUGACUCGGAAUAGGAGGGUGUCCUGCGAACGAGAUCGCGGAACGCACGGCCUGAGACCAACGUGCAUCACGCAACCUCGGCCGAAAAGGCAAGUCUCGAGAAUGCGUGACGGGUGCAAGCGUGACGCUCUCGACCGCGCGAGUCACCGCCACUCCUGCCGGGCUGCUGAAAUUUAUAAUGCAGCACUUAUAAAGGCACUAUGCGUCCGCGCCCGGCACUCUUCGACCUGCACGACCGACAUGGAGAUUGAAGAAUACUGCCUCUGCUGUGGCAAAGCCGUCGACGGCCGCGCCUACUGCUCCGACGAGUGUGCCGACCUCGACGCCCGCUCCCCGUCCUCAUCCAGCAGCGCGUUCCCGUCACCGAAAUACUCCUCGUACAAGAUAGGUACCCUCCCUGACGUGCCCCCGCUCGUGCCCUCCGUCCUCGGCCGCAAGCUCCAGUCGCACGCCGGCCCGGACACCUAUCGCUACUCGACCUCGUCCUCCUCCUCGUCCACCGCCUGGUCCUCCCUUUCCGAGGAAGACGACGACGACGAGUCCGUGUUCCACAACAACCCAAGCGCAUCCGGCGACGAAUCCGACGCAUUCCACUUUGGCUCCGCCAAGUCGGGCUUCAGUGUCUCCUCGUCGUUCGCGAAGAGCCCGCUAACGUACGCUCGCCGUCCAUCGGCCACCAACCACCGCUCCGUUAUCUCUCGCCCGCGAGGCGCAUCCCCCGUUCGCGGCGUUUCGAGGAGCGCACCGUCCAACCGUUAUCCUUAUCCCGGUCAAGAGUCCUCCGCAGACGACGAUAUCGAGCCGACCCUGACGGUCGCGCCAGCACGUCGGCGUAUCCCGACGAAGAAGAUCCCUGGCUCGGGCUCGGACAUCCACAACCACUCGCCCUCGCCAAGCGUUGUCGGUUCCGCACCCAAGCGCAGCCGUAAGCGCGACAGCCUUCCAGCCGCGUUCUCCCUCCUGUCGAUCGGUUCUCCCACGGCCCCUAAGCCGCUUCAGACCCAACCGGGUACUGCCCAGUCCCACCAACAGCUCCAACACGGGAAGGGCAGCCCGUCCUCGAUAGGGACCGCGAGCACGACGGGGGGUGCCGCUCCGCCGUCAUCGACCCCACGGCUCACCGACUCGCUGGCGACGCUCCGAGGGCGCCCGCGCGAACCCCAGACCGAGGCUGAGCGCCUCCGCAGCUCGACCGAACGGCGAUCCCGCGAUCCCGCGCGCUCACCGCGGUCCCCCAGACUUCUCAGGCCGGCCUCCCCGGACGACGCAGCCGAGCGGCGCGGGAGGAGGCGUUCGCACGAGCUCGACCCGAAUGAGGUGGUGGGACCCGUCCCCGAGAACGCAGCGCCAGGGUUGGGCAAUGGCCGAAGUGGGCUAGUUGACCGGGGUAUCCUCGCAUGAGCUGUCUCUCGCACUACCUCUGUUCGCCCGACAUCCACUUCGUUCACAAGCCCGUUCCCCAUCGUGCGUUCAAGGGCGGGAGGGUCCGGAUCCGGCUCCUUCCACCUGCACGGUUUACGCCGAAAUUCUAUUCCACCCGGCGAACCAAAAAAAACAGCAAACCAAAAACCGGCACUCUUCCGGCGCGCCGCGCGGAUCUUCUUCUUGCUUGGGACAUUUGUUUGGAUAUCCACACAACUUUGUACUAAGUAACGCACAGAACGCAUCAUCACGCUCACGCAAUACACCCACACCCACACACCUCAUUCGCAUAGCACCAUUCAGCAUUGAUCACACACACCCCAUCCCCACCUCGUUCACACGUCCGCGCUGUAUCCC